AUGUCAUCGCCAAGCCCCAAACGCCCAAUGACAUUUCGCCUUGCUACCGUCAACGAUGCAUCCCACAUCGCAAAUCUCAUCAACACAGCCUUCCGUAGCGAGAAGACCGGACAGACUUGGUUGUAUGACGAGCAAGAGAAGCGCGUAGACAUUGUGUCGGAAGGCCUAGCCGAAGAUCUCAUCUUGGGCAAAAGCUCGGAAACCAUUAUGCUGGCUGGAACCCUCGACUCGAGGAUUGCGGCGACAUGUUUUCUACGCCGUCCUGACACUACUGUUCCACCUCCGGACCAUUUACAGCACGUCACUCCUGGAUCUGCGUGGCUGGGAUUCUUGGCUGUUGACCCGACGCUGCAUAGCAAAGGUUACGGGAAGGACAUGCUCGUCGAGGCGGAGAGAUUUGUCCAGCAGGAGUGGAAGGCGACAAGACUUGAGUUUGACUUUGUGCAUACGAGAAAGGAGUUGAAGGAGUGGUAUGCGAAGCAGGGCUACAAGGAGACUGGGCAGAAGCGGCCAUUCUUCUACGGAAAAGAUGGGAGGGGGAUUCUUGCCGAUGGCCUAGAGAUGGUGGUGCUGGGCAAGGAUCUUCGAGACGCGAAAUGA